AUGUGUGCGACAUAUGUGACUUUAGGUGCCGGCGUGCUAAUAGAAAUUGUGAUUCAGCUACGGCUACUAGAAGCAUCUCUGAAGGAGAUGGAAGGCUACAUGGAUUUGAGAGGUUGCAUCCAUUGGCAUGUGGAAAUACUCACGUUCAUCAAAAAAAUGCAAAAAUUCUGUGAAAUAGGAGUUUCUGCCGUAUUUAUGUGUGGUGUUUUUAACAUAUGUACAAGUAUGGCAUUGAUGAUACAGGUUGACCGCUCGGGAUUACUGUUUUUCUUACCAUAUCUGUCAGCAGUGGUAUUAAUAAUUUACAGCCAAUGCUGGUGUGGAAGUGCAGUGAUCUAUCAGAGCGAGAAGAUAUCGUACGCAAUAUUUAGCUCCAAAUGGAUUAAUGCUGACGUUGCAUAUAAGAGGCUGAUACAAAUCUACAUACAACUUACAAAUCGUCCGCUGGCUAUCCGCUUAGGUGGAGGAACUUUUGAUGCAUCUUUGCCAGUAUUCGUGACGGUAAUCAAAACGGCAUAUUCAGUGUUCACGCUGCUGCAAAGGUUUGAAGAUCACUGAUGAAUAUGAUUAUUAUCUAAAUCAAAAUGUACACUAAUAAAAUGUUUUACUGGCGAUAUCAAA